AUGCAUCUUCGAGUUUCAAAUCUUGUUUCUCUCGUUCCGGCCCUCGCGACUGUGGCCCAGGCUGCUAGCUACGAUGGACCUCUCAGACCACAGGUUCAUUUCUCGCCCCCGGUAGGCUUCAUGAACGACCCCAACGGGCUGUUCCUUGACGCAGAGGGUACAUAUCAUCUGUACUAUCAGUACAACCCUUCCGCGCCAGUCGCGGCCAACCAGCACUGGGGACAUGCCACCAGCCAUGAUCUCUACCACUGGGCCAACCAGCCUGUUGCCAUUGGUGGUGACAAGCCCAAUGAACACAUCUUCUCGGGCGCAGCCGUGGUUGAUGUCAAUAACACAUCGGGUUUCUUCCCCAACCAAACCAAUGGCGUGGUGGCCAUUUACACUCUGAACGAUGAGGUCAAGGAGACGCAGAAUCUGGCCUACUCAACAGACGGCGGCUUCACCUUUACGAAGUACGCCAGCAACCCCAUUAUCGAUAGCGCCGUCGAUGACUUCCGUGAUCCGCAAGUUAUUUGGCAUCCAGAGACUCAAAAAUGGAUUCUGUCCGUUGCGUAUGCCCAUGACCGGGUUAUUGGGUUUUACACCUCCACCAACCUCAAGGAAUGGGUGCAUGCUUCCAAUUUCACCCAGCUAGGACUUCCGGGUACAGAGUUCGAAUGUCCCAAUAUCGUCAAGUUCUCUGUUGGUCCUUCUGAAUUCAAGGAAGUCUUGUUUAUUUCCGUCAACCCUGGCGCACCACUAGGAGGAUCUGGUACUUUUUAUGUGGUCGGGAAUUUCAACGGAACGCACUUCAUCUCCGAGACACCAUCCGAGAAGCUCUAUGACUUUGCCAAAGAUAACUACGCUUCUCAGUGGUGGUCUGGUAUUCCUGCUGGUCAAGAUCCGGUCUCCAUCGGCUGGGCCAGCAACUGGGAGUAUUGCCAGGAAGUACCCAGUGGAACCCUCGAGGGCUGGCGCAGUGCGAAUUCCGUCCCUCGAGUGAACACGCUUACCAAGGUUGAUGGAGACUGGACUGUGACUACUAACCCUUUCAUGGGCCUCUCUUCAGUGCUGGGAGGCCAGCUUGCCCAGAAGUCAAUCCAAUCCGGUAAUGUCGUGGUGGACUUCUCCAAGGUCAAGUCCAAUGCGAUCACGUUUGACAUUGAGAUUGAAGGCAUCCCCAGUUCUGCUGCAACGGGAGAAGUUAGUUUUAACAUCACCUCUUCUCAGUCAGGCGAAUACCUCGAUGGCGCUCUUGAUAUCGGCACCGGUGUUUUCUGGAUUAGCCGUGCAGGAACAAGAGCAUUCCACACCACGAACAACAAAGACUUUACCCCUUUGUUCAGCACUACUGUUUCACCAUCCGCGAAUGGUCGAUUUAUGUUCUCGGGUAUCGUUGACCGAUCCGUGUUCGAGACGUUCCUGGACCAUGGAAAGCAGAUUGGGACCAUGAGCUUUUUCCCCAAUUCUCCAUUGGACACGUUGAGCAUUUCUGCAUCUGGUUUGGGUGGUGCAACUGCCCAUGUGAAUGUGCGAGCGCUGAAGAGUGGGUGGAAUGAUAACUAG